AUGAUGCUCCCAACCGCCGCCCAGGCGCCGCUGCACGAUGUCGUCGCGAACGCCGCCCUGGCUGCUGCCACCCACGCCGCCGCCGCCAUGUCCGCCGCAGCUGCGACAACCCCGUCACCAUAUCCCCACCCGUCCGGCAACCACACUCUGACGGACCACGGCGGUGCGGGCGGGGACAACUCUGAGCAGGGCGACUGGUCAUCCAUCAUCGGAAUCACCACCGCCAUCGUCGGCAACAUCCUCAUCUCCUUUGCGCUCAACACCCAGAAGUACGCCCAUCUGCGGCUCGCCCACGAGGCUGAGGAGCGGCGGCAGCGGCGCAAGCGGAGCGCCUCCGGCAUGCAGACCCCGGACGAAGAGAUGGCCAAGGCGAACGCGAAGGCGCGGAAGAUACUGGGCUUCAAGCUCGGCAGCGACGACGGCGAAGGCAACGACGACGAGGAAGACGACGGCGAGCCGCGCGAGACGGACGCGCUCCUCGGAGACGGCCGGCACAGCCACGACGUGGAUCGCGCAGCGGUGGGGAGUGACGAGGAGGAUGCCGCGAGCCUGGAAGCGCAGGCGAAGCGGCUGCGGAACCCGCCCAAGAAGCAGACCAGCUACUUGCAGAGCCCGUACUGGUGGAUCGGCAUCGUGCUCAUGAUCGUGGGCGAGGCGGGCAACUUCCUGGCCUACGGCUUCGCCCCGGCAUCCAUCGUGUCCCCGCUCGGCGUCGUGGCGCUCAUCUCGAACUGCAUAAUCGCGCCUAUCAUGCUGAAGGAGCCUUUCCGCAAGAGGGACGCUCUGGGCGUGCUGAUCUCCAUUGGUGGCGCCGUCACGGUUGUGCUGAGCGCCCAAGAUAACAACCCCAAGCUGGGCCCGCAUGAGAUCUGGGAGCUCAUCAAAACUUGGGAAUUCGAGACGUAUUUCGGCGUGACGCUGAUCACCAUAUGCGGGCUGAUGUGGGCGAGCACAAGAUAUGGCAAAAAGAGCAUUUUCAUCGACCUGGGUCUGGUCGGUUUGUUUGGCGGAUACACCGCACUCUCCACCAAGGGCGUGGCCUCCAUGCUCUCCUACACGCUGCUUCAUGCCCUGACCUUCCCCGUGACAUACCUCAUGGUCGUGAUUCUGGUCUCCACCGCUGUGAUGCAGAUCAAAUAUCUUAACCGCGCACUGCAACGCUUUGACGCCACUCAGGUCAUCCCUACGCAAUUCGUCCUGUUCACGCUUUCCGUAAUUCUUGGAUCGGCCAUCUUGUACCGCGAUUUCGAGCGCACGAACGGUAAAGGCGCGGGGGAAUUUGUUGGCGGUUGCCUUAUGACUUUCAUGGGUGUGUGGGUCAUCACGACGGGACGUCCAAGGGACGACAACGACGAGGAAGAAGAGGAUGAGGAAGAGGAGGAACAUGCCAUGGAGCAAGAACACGCCAUUCAUCUCGGACCCGAAGAAUACGGAGACGACGAAGUGCAUUACGGUCCGAGCUACUCCAACGACGUCUCCUCCAUGGCCGCACUUACACCCUACGCGUCCGCCGGCUCGCAUCACCGUCGUCCAUCAGUGCACCGUCUCAACACCCCGCACAUCACCCUGACCUCGGAGCCGCCCUCUCAAGCCGUGACCGUGUCCACCACCCCCGCCGGCCUCGACAUCGGCGACGACGACUCCCUCACCGCCAACCCCUGGGCCGACGAAUCCCUCAUCUCCAGCCUCACCGCGAACCGGAAAAACAACCAACCCCCCCUCCUGCACGCCACCACGUCUUCCCCCAUCCUCCCCUCGGAGGCCGAGGCCCUCGCCCAGCGCCCCGACAGCCGCCGCCGGGACACCUCGCCCAUGGCAUCAUCAUCCAGCGCCACUCCAGCAGCAGACGCCGAACGCCCCGCAACGCCUCCCGGCCCCGGCCCCACCCCCCUCCGCCGCAAAUCCCUCACCACCCCCUCCCCAAGCAAGAAACCGCCACCACCACCAUCAUCAUCAUCACCAUCAUCAUCAUCCAAACAACACCAACAACAACAACACCCCCCACAACCCAGCCCGCGCAUCCGCCCCGCCCAAACCGAACCCGCCACCCCCGCCUCCACCUCGUCAACCCUGGCAAAAACCCCCACCUCCCACCUCAAGCGCGGCUCCAUCUCCCUCGUCCCCGGGCCCCUCACCAGCCCCCUCAGCUCCUCGCUGUCCGCCGUCGUCGCCGACAGCCUGCGCAAGGGCGUCGAGAUGCGGAGCUUGACGGGCGGACAUGGACAUGGUCAUGGAAGGCCCAGGCGCAACACGAAAGAUGGAGCUGAGGGCGUUGCUGGUGGUGGCAGUAUCGGGUUCGGUGGGUGGUUGACGCAGGGCGCGAGCGUGGCGGGGCCGCGGGACGGGCCGAGCGAUGCGAGCGCCGCGGCGGUGGCGGCGGCGGCGGCGAGGCGGAGGAGCAGGGGGGUCAGUCAGAGUGAGGGGGUCGGGGUCGGUUCGCCUCUCGCUGCUGUCGUAGCUGCUGGGGGGGAGGGAAGUGAAAGUGGUGGCAGGGCGAGGAGCUUGAGCAACCCGUUCGGUUCGUUGUUGAAGAAGGUCAGGAGUAGGGGGGAUGGCGUGGCGGAAGAGGAGGCGGAGGCGGAGGCGAGCGCGUCGGCGUCGGCGGAGGCGUCCGGUGCGGACACGCCGGUUACGGUUGUGCCUGCUGAACCUUCUUCGCCUGCCCCUCUUGCUGCUGCUGCUGCCGAGGAGGAGACGCGGGCGGAGGGGCAGGGUCGGGAGGUUGGUGCCGAUGGCGAUGGGGAGCAGCGGAGGUAG